AAUAUAAAUCAUUUUUAUUAUAUGAAAUUUAUAUGUUAAUAUAUCUUCAUAAAUAUGAGUUUAACUAUUUAUUUAAAAAGAUUGAAAAUGUUUACAAAGUAUACAGUUCAUAAUUUGUCUGUAAAACAAAUGCAAUCUGUAAUAUAUAUUUAUGGAAAACAAAUGUAUUCUAAUAGUACAACUAAUAAUGAAUUACGUUAUCCUUCUGACUAUGAUAAUUACAUUUUAAAAAUAUUAAAUAAUAAAAAAGUGGAUUAUUUUAAAAGGUAUGAAAUCCCUCAAUUUUAUGCUAAUGAAUUGCAUAAAUAUCGUGAUGAAAAUGGUGUAUAUAAAUCAUUAAAAGAUGUAUUAAAAAUAGAAGGUAUGACACAAGAGAUAUUAGAUAAAUUUAUAUUAUCAAUUAUUAAUGGUAAAAAGUUGAAAAAAGAUAAAUUACAAAAGUUUAUUGUUUCGUCUUCGCUACACGAUAUUUCACAAGAGCAAAUAUCUACUGUAUUAGGGAUCAAUAUAGAAACUAAUACUAUUAGUUGGACGUUACUUGAAACUAAAGAAAAUAUAUUGGAAUGGAAUUAUGAAAAUUGUGUACAAAAUAGCAGAAAUGAAAGUACUUCUCAUCUACUUAAAUUGGCUUGUACAAUAAAUAAUAAGAUUCCCAAGGCUGACAUUUAUGUAGUAAAUGAUACAAGUUUUAAUUUUCACAUGGUAAAAUCUGUUGCACAGAUACAAACAUUUUUAAGGAAAGAACAAUUGAAAGCAAUGAUUUUAGCUUUUCUUACACAAAAGAAUUUAUCAUUGCAGAAAAACAACGAAGAUUUAUCAAACACAGAUAAUAUUUAUUUAUUGAAAUGUGAGAAUAUUGCUAAAUUAUUUGACAUUUACAUAGGUCAAGAAAUAAUGUCUACUUCGACAGUAAUUAAAAAAUUAUUAUGUAAAACAGAUGGCAGAAAUAUAGAAACUAAAAAUCCUAUUGGUGUUAUUACCAUAUUUUGGCGAUAGGUGCGCUAGAGUAGUGAUGCAAGGAUUUGGAGCCUUCGUGCGCAUGCGCAUGCGACGUCAUUGCUCGACGGUGAUUGUUUCCAUGGACGUGUCAAUGAGUAAUAGCAGGUUAUGACGAUUAUCCAUCCGUUUAUAGUACUAAGGAUCUUGAUCAAGAUGAAUUAUUUCAAGAAGCUGUUAAAACAAGUUAUGCGAAA